UGGUGGGCGGAGCGCGGCUCUUCCACCGCCUUUGCCAGCCCGGGUUCUCCCAUCCUUAGUUAGCCGGUGUGGUGCUCGUGCUUCUCAGCGUCGUUGCGGAGAGUCGCUGCCGAGUGGGCGCUGGGUGUCCGCGUCGUCAUGGCUGGUUACGAAUACGUGAGCCCGGAGCAGCUGGCUGGCUUUGAUAAGUACAAGUACAGUGCUCUGGACACCAAUCCACUCUCUCUGUAUAUCAUGCAUCCAUUUUGGAACACCGUAGUAAAGGUAUUUCCUACUUGGCUGGCUCCAAAUCUGAUCACCUUUUCUGGCUUUCUGCUGGUUGUAUUUAAUUUCCUACUUAUGGCACACUUUGAUCCUGACUUUUAUGCUUCAGCACCGGGUCACAAGCACGUACCUGAUUGGGUUUGGAUUGUAGUAGGCAUCCUCAACUUCAUAGCCUACACUCUAGAUGGUGUGGAUGGAAAGCAAGCCCGUAGAACCAAUUCCAGCACCCCUUUAGGGGAGCUUUUUGACCAUGGCCUGGAUAGUUGGUCAUGUGUUUACUUUGUUGUCACUGUGUAUUCCAUCUUUGGACGAGGACCAUCUGGUGUCAGUGUGUUUGUUCUUUAUCUCCUGCUAUGGGUAGUUUUGUUUUCUUUCAUCCUGUCUCACUGGGAAAAGUAUAACACAGGGAUUCUUUUCCUGCCAUGGGGAUAUGACAUUAGCCAGGUGACUAUUUCUUUUGUCUACAUAGUGACUGCGAUUGUGGGAGUUGAGGCCUGGUAUGAACCUUUCCUGUUUAAUUUCUUAUAUAGAGACCUAUUCACUGCAAUGAUUAUUGGUUGUGCAUUAUGUGUGACUCUUCCAAUGAGUUUAUUAAACUUUUUCAGAAGCUAUAAAAAUAACACCUUGAAACACACUUCAGUCUAUGAAGCUAUGGUUCCCUUCUUUUCUCCAUGUUUGCUAUUCAUUUUGUCUACAGUAUGGAUCCUCCAGUCACCUUCAGCUAUUUUAGAGAUACAUCCUAGAGUAUUCUACUUUAUGGUUGGAACAGCCUUUGCCAAUAUCACAUGUCAGCUGAUUGUUUGUCAAAUGAGCAGUACUCGGUGCCCAACUUUGAAUUGGCUGCUGGUUCCUCUCUUCUUGGUUGUCGUGGUGGUAAACUUAGGAGUAGCCUCUUACACUGAGACCCUUCUCCUGUAUACAUUAACAACUGCUUUCACUCUGGCCCACAUCCAUUAUGGAGUCCGAGUGGUAAAGCAGCUGAGCGGCCAUUUUCAGAUUUACCCCUUCUCAUUGAGGAAACCAAACUCGGAUUGACUAGGAAUGGAAGAAAGGAAGAUUGGCUUGUAAUCUACAGAAAGAAGUACUGUAAAUAAGAUGCUUGUAAAUAUUUCAUCCAUCACCAUUGAACUAAACUGAUCUGCUUAACAGACAUGGGAACUUGGUGUGUGUGGUACUUGGACAGCAGGAAUGAUACGUAUGAUCUGAAUUUGUGGAAUUUUGGACCUACUAACUCCCAGCUUAUUUUAUUUUAUUUUCAUAAAACCGGGUAACAUUUUGGUUAAGCAUAAUGUACGUUAGACCAGCAAAAUGUUCCUAGUGAUUUUAGCUUCAUGAGUCGAGAAUGUUUUGGUUUAUACAGAGUUCAAGAAGCUAUGUUUUUAUGUUUAAAACCCCAAAAUUGGUUUAAGAGCACUGGUAACAUUCAGAAAACCAUAAUAUGUUUUCAUAUUUGAUAUUUAGUAGUAGGUCUUUAACUGUGGAAGCUAUCAGUAGCCCAAAUCUAAUAUAGGGAAAAGAUAAGAGCAAGUCACCGUCCGCAAGAGAUGCCAAAUGACUGCAGAACAAUACACAGUUGCCAAAUACUGGUUUCUCUUUCCCCUGGAAAUGCCUUUUGUCCUCACAUGCUAAGAGAGCUAAUAUAUAUAUUUAGAUUCUCUAGUAUUCCGGCUCUCUUUGUUAUGGAACAGAUCUUGAUGAAUGGUUUAAUUUUUUUUUAAGAAAAAUACUCUGUUGAGACUUAGUAUGAUUGUAAUUGUAGCUCCACCCAUUGGCAUGGUUCAUUGUUGAAAUGUGGCGUUUUUUUCUCUCAGCUACAAGUUGCUGAGAUUUGGUGCCUGUGAACUAUGAUUAUAUGAAUGCAUGUGACAGUCCCAGUCUUAGGAUAAUUACUUGUGAGGAAUGCAGAUAAACUUCCUUAUAAGAGAAAUUUACUUUGGAGUUAGAAAUCUUAUGAACCUCACUAUGAAAUUACUACUGUGAACCUCAUUACGAAAUUAGUUUUCUGAUUCAAUUUGUUCUUCCUUCCUUCCUUCUUCCUCUCUUUUUCCCUCUCUCUCUUUUUUUGGAGAAGACAGUGCUGUGUUUUUUAUUUCAUACAGGAUAAAGAAGUAGGGAGAAAUUCUCUCUCACCCAGCUUGCCCACUUUCCCACUUGAAGAAAAUGUUUGAUAUAUAUGCCUUACUGAGUACAUACACCCUUUAAUAUGACUUGGAGUAACUUUUGAGGUUUGCUGACAAACAUAAAAAUCCCUUUCAUUUUAAUGUGGUUGUUUUAUAGAUGACACCUUUUCACAAAUGUGGAUAUUUUCUUCUUUUUCUUUUUGACUUUGUCUCCCUUUAGUUUGGUGGUGGUGAAAUUUACUUGCUGAUUUUCUUUUAUUUUUCACAGAAUGAAGUUUGUGCUCGAAUGAAGAGUGUAUCUUAAACCCUUUUUUUUGGAUAGAUUGCACUUGGAUAAAAUAGGCACCACUGUGUUGAUAUGCAAUUAAAUUCAUAACCAUUAU